GAAAAUAUUAUUAUUGAAUCGAUUUUAAACAAAUUCAAGUUACGUCAUUAUACUAAAAAACGUAAGAUUAAAGAAUCUGCAGUAUCUUCUCCUUCACCUGUUCCUGAAAAUAUUGAAUAUUCUGAGAAUAUUGAGGAAGAAGGCACUUUAGAAAAUUAA